AUGUAUAUCCUCAAUUUCACGACCCUUGUGGUUCUCAUCGCUAUGCUCUGUGCAUUCGUCUCCAGCCACCCAAGUCCGACAGAUCUCUUAAGCAAUGACCCCAUAGCUAUGGAAUCACAGUUACGUCCCGCAGGCAAUGACAGUCUCACAGCCGAAGAGGCUCUUCAAGGCAAUCAUCUUGCAGCAAGACAGUCCGUUGAUUUGUUGCCACUUCCACCAGAUUGCAAAAAGGUGUUCAAAAGUGCCAUUCCAGCAUCGAAAGCUGCAUUUGCGUGGAUAAAGAAAACAAUUUGUGAAGAGUAUAAGUGCAAAGUCGCAUUCGCGCCUGCUUAUAAAAAGUACUCGAUUGAUCCUAUCAAGAAGCACAUCAUUAUGGAGUGGAUAUUUGGCACUUUCCAGAAAAGAGGCCAUCCUAUUCAGAAGCUUGGCAUUGAUCCAGGCAAGGUCUUUGACAAAAUCGUCAAAAAAUGCAUUGAGGGAAAUCCAAAGAUCAUGGGAGCUAAAAACAUCUGUACCGCAAGCGAAGAGAGUUACAAGGACAUCAAAUCAUGCAUUAUUGGUGAAGUGAUGGAGUAUGUACCCAAAGUGGGGUUAUGGGCUAAGGGGGCAUGCAAAAUUGCACUUCAAGAGAAAAUGGUUGAGAAGCCUGAUUGGCGAGUACUAGUAAAGGAUUUCAAGCACAACAAACUGUGUGAGAAGUGA